AUGUGGCGUUUUUGGUGGUUUUUGCUUCUGGUUUGUGUGGUUUUGUGCCAGAGUCAAAGACGGCGGGAAGUCGGUGAUUAUUCUUUACAUUCACCGGUCGCUCAAGACAGGCGCUUCCACUGGAUCAGGUACUUGAAGAAACACGAAAGGCAAAAACUUAGAUAUUUCAAGAAGUACUUCAAAAAGUGCGGAUUUUCGCCUUUCAAGUUUAAAAUUUUUCGCCGGUCAGACGAUGGCGAGUUAGAUACGAUUCAUGUGAUGGUACCGUACGGGUAUUCGGAUGAGUAUUUGCCGAAGCCGGAAGUGGAGGAAGACGAAGUGGUACCGGAUGAGUAUUUCGACGAACAAACGACCACCAGACCUCUAUAUAGUGUUAAAUAUAGAGUCGCGGGAGAGGGGUCGCCUCAUAAUUUUGAAAGAAAUGGUACUGCCAGUAAUUCGAGUAGGUACGACUUCAUCACGGGUUAGUGGGUUACCAAGUGUCAAG